AUGAAUGGCCAAAAACACCAAUUGGAGGCGAAAACGGCUCGGCAAAGAUUGGCGGACAGGAAGAAGCAGGACAGUAGUACCAGUGGAUUGCCAUCAACAUUUGUGCCUGGAUUUCAUGAAGAAGCUGUUGUGCGGAGGAUGCCUUAUAGGAUUCUUGGGAAUACCGGGCUCAAGGUGUCUGUUGUAUCGUUUGGAAGUGCAGCGAUCGGAGGACUUUUUGGCGAUAUUGACGACUCUAUAUCAGAAAUGAUCGAAUCCGCCCUAAAACAAGGCAUAAACCUCAUCGACACUGCCUAUUGGUAUGGCCAAGCGAGAAGUGAAAGUAUCUUAGGAAAACUUCAUGACGUCGAAUUCGACCCAACAAUAUCGAUUGUGCUCAAUGAAACGUUACAAGCUCUCGAAAUGGCGCGUGCAUCGGGUAAAGUGCGUCACUUGGGGAUUGCUGGAUAUCCGUUAAAGAAGAUUAGGGCUAUAAUUGAAAAUUCUCCCGCAAAAAUCGAUGUCGUGCUCACGUACAGCCACGCAACGCUCAAUGACAAUUCACUUGGGGAGGUUGUCCCAUUUUUUCAGUCAGUCGGUAUCGCCGUCCUAAACGGCUCUCCCCUUUCGAUGGGCCUCCUGAGCUCGGAGGGCCCACCCCCUUGGCACCCGGCCAAUCAACAGGUCCGCGAAGCGGUGCUUGCAGCUGAGGAGUAUGUUCAUAGUAAAAACCUGCGACUUGAACGUCUUGCCCUCGAUUAUUCAAUGCAUUUUCCGGGGACAGUUUCUUGUCUAGUUGGUAUUGGAAGUAUGAUACAGCUCGAUGAGGCAAUUAGAAUUGGAGAAACUUGCGAUGGAAAACGAUCAACCUCACUGAGUGAGGUCGAGCGCAGGGUCAGAGAUCGGAUUAUGAGGAGACAUUUUGAUGCCUUGAACAAUCAAGGGUGGGAAGGUGUUGAUGUGGCGAGAUAUUGGAAGCGGUUGAAAACAUUGGGUUUAGGAAGCUUGGCUACACACCGAAGACAUGCUUCUGUCGAGUCGUUGGCUUCGACUUUGAAUGGGUUGUCGAUGGACAGUUUUAGUGAAUUUCGAAAAACACCGGGCAACUCCAUGUCCCGGGCCUCGAGCGUCGUCCCCAUUUCCGGUCGGAUGGAGGCCAUCGAAGAGAAUCGACGUCUCCGCCGCCCAUUUCUAGCCAAAGAAACGUCCCGUGAUUUCUCGUGGAAACCG